AUGACGUCAUCAGCGAUCGGCAAGUGCGCCAGUGACGUCAGCGGCCCUCUGCUGCGCGGGAAGCUGCUCCCCUGGGCUGCCGCCGCCUUGUUUUCCGCCACCUCCCGCGCGUUCUCCUCCGCCAGCAGCAGCGCCGGGCAUUGCGCGCAAGCUGGGGGCGCGGGUGAGGGGGCAAGCGCGGCGGAAGGAUCCGGCAGAGGGGGGAACCUCGCGGCGAUCAAGGAGCUCCGCGCGCGCACGGGCGCGCCGGUGAAGGACGUGAAGGCGGCGCUGGUGGCGGCCGGACGCGGCAUUUCCUCCCUCCUCGCCCCAGAGGAAGGGGGGGCAGGCAGCGGCGCGGAAGAAGCGGGCGCGGGUAGCAGCGGAGGGGCUGAUGCGGCAUUCACAGAGCUCAGGAGGAGGGGGCUGGCAGCGGCGCAAAAGAAGGGGGCGCGGGUGGCAACAGAGGGGCUGGUGGGCGGGAGUGACUCCAAAACCACCUUUCCCCUCCUUCCCCAAUCCCCCCCUCCCUUUCACUUCACCUCUCCUUCACCCCCAGAUGCGGCGUUCACAUAG